ACGUGUGGUUUGGACGGGUUCAUGCGGGUGACACACACACAUAUAUAUGCCUAUAUAGUAUUUGUACUCUCAAGUGCAUAGUGACACGCUACAAUCUCCUAAUAAUUCUAAUUUCUUCCAUUAUAAGAAAAAAAAUAGAAAUUGAGCUCUGAUCGAACUCUUUUAAUUUCUUUACCCAUGGUGGCGGCGGCGGCGGCGGAUGACGAAAAUAGGAUGAAGAAAACGGUGGCGGUGGCGGUUGGGGAGGAAGGUGACGGCGAUGAACAGUGCCCUCUCCUGGAACCAUCUCCCACCACCCACCGAGCUGGUGGUUUUACAACUCUGCCCUUCAUUGCUGGAAACUUGGCAUUGACAAUGAUGGUGAAUUGUGGGAUAGCUCCCAACAUGAUAUUGUAUCUCAUGAGAGAGUAUGGACUCGAUAUGACUACCGGUUCCAAUAUAAUCUACUGGUGGGCCGCCUUCUCAAACGUCACACCCAUUCUUGCUGCUUUAAUGGCCGACUCUUUUAUGGGCCGGUUUCAGAUGAUAGCCCUUGGAUCCGUAAUCAAUCUUUUGGGAAUAUCUCUGCUUUGGCUAACAACAAUUAUGCCACAAGCAAGGCCACCUCAUUGCACCCAAUCAAACAAUAACAGCAUUUGCACCUCAGCAACCCCUUUGCAACUCCUAGUUCUACUCAUCUCCCUCGUCCUCGUCUCCGUUGGUUCCGGGGGAGUGAGGUCUUCGUCCUUGGCAUUUGGCAUUGACCAGCUGAAGAACGUCGAGAAGAAGAACGGGAGCGCAACGGAGAGCUACUUCGGGUGUUAUUACGCCAUCAACAUGGCGUCCGUCCUUGUUUCCAUCACUUGUUUGGUUUACAUCCAAGAGAACAUGGGAUGGGGAAUUGGUUUUGGAGUUCUUGUGGUUCUCAUGCUCUUCGCCACUACUUGCAUCCUCUUGGGAUACCCUUUCUACGUGAAGCCGAAGCCAAAAGGGAGCCUAAUCACGGGGCUAUUCCAAGUCGUCGUUGCUUGUUAUCGAAAGAGAAGAAUCACAAUUUCAUCCAGUCAAGAUAAAGGUGUUGUCGAAGCGUACCAUCAACAAGGUCCCGCGCUACGCCACCCCACCGAAACACUAAGGUUUCUAAAUAAGGCAUGCAUUAUACAAGACCCCCAAAAGGACUUAAGCUCAGAUGGGAAAGCACUAAAUCCAUGGAGUCUUUGUACAUUGGAACAAGUGGAGGAACUCAAAGCAUGCCUAAAAGUCCUCCCAAUAUGGGCCACCGGAGUUAUAAUGAACAUCAACGUCAGCCAAGGCUCUUUCUCCAUACUCCAAGCCACCACCAUGGACCGCCACGUGGGACCGCCCACCGGCGGCUUCGAGAUUCCGGCCGCCUCCCUGAGCAUCUUCACCUACGUCUCCAUCAUAGCGUGGCUCGCGCUGUACGAGCGGGUGAUCCGGCGGCGUUUCCGCCUCUCCGCGACGGCGAGAAUGGGGUGCGGGAUCUUCGUCUCCCUCCUGGCCGUCGCGGCCGCCGCCGUCGUGGAGGGCACCCGGCGGGCCCGGACGGUGAAGGCGGGGCUCUCGGACGACCCCGAGGGCAUUGUCGGGAUGUCGGUGCUCUGGGUGGUCCCGCACGCGCUGCUCACGGGGUUGGCGGAGGGGAUGAACGCGGUGGCGCAGAACGAGUUUUACGUGUCGGAGUUCCCCCCGAGCAUGUGGAGCAUAGCUUCCAACUUCCUCGGGGUGGGGAUGGCGACGGCGAGCAUGGCGGCGAGCGGGCUGAUGAGCGCGGUGGCCGGAGCGACGAGGGGGUGGGAGGGGGGGAGUUGGAUAUCUAGCAACAUAAACAAGGGUCACUAUGACUACUACAAUUGGGUUCUUGUUGGGUUGAGCUUGAUGAAUCUCAUGCUUUUCUUCUUGUGUAGCAGGGCUUAUGGGCCCUAUGGGGAAGAGAAGAAGAAUAAACAAUCCUAUGUUGUUGAAGAUUAGAAUAAUAAUAAUAAUCUUGAUUUUAAUGAACAACUUUAUUGAUUGAUUGGAGCUUUCUUUUUUGCCCCACAUAUCAAAGAUCACUUAUGUGUAUUAUGUCAUUGUCUUACAUGAGAACAAGAGUAAUCUAGACACAUUUGUCAAACUUGAUCAAGAAAAGUCAAACUGAGAAGUUUUUUGGUAUCAUAUAUAAGGAGAGACAUAAACACGACAUAAAAAUUUUCCAAAUAAGUUAGAACCAAUUCU